UAAGUGGUUUCUUUUUUUUUCCAUAAAUAAAUAUAUAUUACCUAACCUUGCUUCUACAGCUGACCAAUCAGAGCCAACCAAGGGGGCGUGGCUUGUUUCUCACUCUCCCACAUCUCCCAGACUGUGGGGAAAGUUGGAGAGAGAAGGUCCAUUAUGAUUUAAAGGAGUGUAAGAACUUUACAGAUAGUGUUCUUCUCUCUCACAGCCGUCAGUGAGCAUGUAUUACAGACCUUAUUAUCUACACGAUGUUCUACUGCUGCUCACCUGCUGCGUUACAGGCUGUGCUUCUGCUCUGGUGGUCUUGCCGAAUGGACCUACCCUGGUCAACGCUUUUCUCGGCACCAACGUGACCCUGGGCGUGACCGUCACCGGAGCCAGCUCUCCACUGGUUUCCUGGAAGAUAGGAAAACUUACAGUGGCUUCCCUGAUGUUAGACUCCGGCAUCGCUCCGGAUAUCGCAUCUGACAGCAGGGGGGUGCUCUCGGUCGAUCAGAGGGGGUCUCUGGUGUUCUGGAACGUUCCUCUCAGCUACAGCGGCGUCUACACGGUGACGGCAUCAAAAGCCGGGGCCAACGAUGCCUCCGCCAACUUCACACUCCUGGUGUACGACAGUAUCAGGGAGGUUUCUGUGGACACAAGUGCUCAGGAUCCAGUUGAGGGAGGAUCUCCAUUCACACUAUCUUACACCUCAGUGCAAGGUCAGCCAACAGGUUCCACAUGGUACUUCAACGGCCUGGCGUUGGUGGGCGGCAAUCGGUAUUCAAUAACCGACAAGAGUCUGACCAUACGGACGCCCAACCGCAACGACACCGGCCUGUACGCCGUCAACCUCACAAACCCAUUCAGCUCCAAGAUGCCGCAGAGGAACAUCACAGUGCUGUAUGGACCAAAUCAGCCGGUUCUGGAGGUCAAUCCUACAAAAGCAGCCUUUGUAUCCGGAGAGACCGUCACGCUGUCCUGCCGAGCUCAAGGAGAACCGGUCCCCUCGGCCUCCUGGUUCUUUAAGGGCCAGCCGCUCCCGACCUCCCCCACUGGAACGCUCAACCUCACGGACGUACAAACCAGCCAGAGCGGGGUUUACACCUGCAUCGUGAUUAACAUGAAGACAAAAGCUCAGCAAGAGAAGAGCGUCACCAUAAACGUCAGAGGUCUGAGUGGGUCAGCUCUGGUUGGUAUAUCUGCUGGAAUCCCCUGUGGUAUUCUCCUGGUGGUGCUUCUGAUUGGUCUUAUCAUUGUGUGUUAUUUCUGCUAUAAAAGAAAAGAUCGAAAUCCCAGAUAUCCAAUAUCACGAGCAGUGGAGAAAGCUGUAAUCAGUCAACCUGAGCUGACCAAACCUCACAAUCUGCUGAGUAAUGGCCUCAAAUUGCCUCCAGACUACAGCCUCUACCGUCAGCAGACGUUUGCAGAGCGGGACGUCCCACUGCCUUUCCAGCCCGCCCCUGUGAGAACAGCCACCACCGUCUAACACCAUGAGGAACACUGUUCCCUGCACUGAAGAUGCUCUAAAAAUGAGGGAAAAAACAGCUUUCAGCUUUGAGAAGAUCUACCUCACUUCCUUCAUUUGGCUGAAAUAUUCCUCAGCCAAAAUCAGAACAAUAUGUUGUGAUGAAUCAUUUUUUUUUCUCACUAUAUGAAGCACUGAGUUAUAAGGCGCACUAUCAAUGAACGUCUAUUUUCUGGUCUAUAUAUAUACAUAUAUAUAUAUAUAUAUAUAUAUAAGGCGCACCGGAUUAUGUAUAAGGCACAUUAUGUGACACUAGUAAGAACAGGGGUGUCGCUGUUGGGUGGCGAGACCUAUAAAGCUAAGCUCAGUAAACAAAACUGUAAUAUAUAUAAAACAUUUUCUUUUGAAGUUAAACGAAUCUGGAUUUUAAUCUACACAGAUUUCUCUCCUGAAAAACAAGCUAAGAUUCCCAAGUUUUCCCAGCACCAAGGCUGAAGCAUUAGCGUUAGAUGUUAACCAUUUGCAGGAAAUGGUAAUGCUGCUCCAGCACUGCUAGCCUGGGUCAGCAGGAGGCUACAGUCCGAUAUCCUCACCUCUGAACGGCGAAAGGGCUUAACGGCACUUAGCAUGGUUAGCGGCUCUAAUGCUAAUGCUGCUUCAGCAGUGCUAUCCAGGGUUAGCAGCAGGCUACAGGCUGAUAAUACUCACCUCUGAAUGGGGAAAUAGCUAGCCCUCAGUGUGGUUAGCAGCUAAUGCUAAUACUGCUGGAGAACUAAACUGAAUCUCCUGUAUAACUCUGUACUUCAGCAGAGUGACUUUACUGCUCCUUAAUACCUGACUGGUAGAAUUCAUACAUAAGGAGCACCGGAUUAUAAGGAGCUCUGAUGAUUUUUGGGAAAAUUAAAGGUUUUUAAGUGCGAAAAAUAUGUGUAACCACUGUAAGAGCUCUUACAGUGGUGCUUGAAAGCUUUAUGACCUAAAACAUCAUCAGAUUUAAGUCCUAAAAGAAGAUAAAAAAGAACACAGUUAAACAAAUAAGACAAAACAUAUUAUACUUCUUUAUUUAUUUAUUUAUUUAUAGAGGGAAAUUAUCAAAUAUUAAAUUUUUGUAAGCGAUAAAAGUAGUACUUCAGGAUUAGCAGUUAGUUGGAAGGUCCAAUCCACAGUUAGACAGAUUACAGUGUACAAAUCAACAAAAUCCAAGACCAGAGAUCACUCCAGGAACAAGGCGUGGAAUAGUCAGCGAGGUUUCGAAGGACCCCAGGGUAACUUCUAAGCAACUGAAGGCCUUGCUUGUUCAUGAGUCCACAAUCAGGAGAAUUUGAUGAAUAUAAAAAGUGCUGUUUGGAAAAAGGAAAAUGCUGUAUGUAUCUUUGAAACAUGGUGGUGGUAGUAUCAUGGUUUGGGCCUGUUUUGCUUUAUCUAGGCUUGCCAUCAUUGAUGGAACCAUGAAUUUGGAAUUUUAAGGAAAAAUAUAAGCAUUUCUGUCCAUGAACUGAAUCUUAGAAGAAAGGUGGGUCAUGCAGCAGGACAAUGACCCAAAGCACACAAGUCGUUCUACAGAAAAGUGGUUAAAGAAGAAUGAAGAAUUUAAUGUUUUAGAAUGGCCGAGUCACUGUCCUGAUCUUAAUCCAUUUAGAUUAGUUAAACUGGGUUCUCCUUUUUUUGUUUUACUUGUAGGACUAAAAAUCUGCUAACAACAAACUAUCGAGCACCGCUGUACCUGUGAAUCAAGUUACACAGCUAGAAAAAUGAAGAGUGUGGAGCUUUCGUCUGUGGAAGUAAAAGUGGUCUAAAUCUGAUUUAAUUGGAAACACUUUUAAUAUAAUUACAUGUAAUAUAAUUUUAAUAAAAUUAUAAACAUCGUCCAUAUUCUUGUCUGCUCACUUCCAUAUUUAAUAUUAUUGCUAUUAAAGCUAUACUCCAUUCCAACAAUCACGAUACAAGGUUUUGUUCUGAUGGAAACAAUACAAUCACAAGCUGUUUUUUUUUUUUUUAAUUAGUAUCACUUUAAUUUUUUUGCUGAAUUUGCUAUUUAUAGGUUUAUGUUUGAGUAAAAUGAACAUUGUUGUUUUAUUCCAUAAACUACAGACAACAUUUCUCCCAAAUUCCAAAUAAAAAUAUUGUCAUUUAGAGCAUUUAUUUACAGAAAAUAAUGAGAAAUGGCCGAAAUAACAAAAACAAAUUCAGAGCUUUCAGACCUCAAAUAAUGCAAAGAAAACAAGUUCAUAUUCAUAAAGUUUCAAAAGGAGUUCAGAAAUCAAUAUUUGGUGGAAUAACCCUGGUGGUUUUUAAUCACAGUUGUUUUCAUGCAUCUUGGCAUCAUGUUCUCCUCCACCAGUCUUACACACUGCUUUUGGAUAACUUUAUGCUUUACACUCCUGGUGCAAAAAUUCAAGCAGUUCAGUUUGGUUUGAUGGUUUGUGAUCAUCCAUCUUCCUCUUGAUUAUAUUCAAUAUAUAUUAUAUUUCAAUUUGGUAAAAUCAAAGAAACACAUAAUUUUUAAGUGCUCUCUUAUUUUUUCUGACCUUUUGGGAUUUAAUAGUAAAAGGGAAACACUUUUGUAAGACUGUAUUAUAUCGUUACAGUAUAUUAAUAUUCCACUAUUGUAUGUAUGUAAUUUAUGCUAAUGUUAAGUUCUAUUUUGAAUAUAUUCUGAAUAAAGAGAUAUAUAAUAAAAUAUGAGCUGUAUUGCUGUGGCAUGCUCUGUGCAGUCACUCAGAGGUUCCUACCUUGUUUUUCUUCUUUUACGUCUUUAACAGGCGUUUAAGGUUGUUUAAGAUUGUUUCAGAUCCACUAAAUUGUUCUGUUUUGUGAUAUUUUGUCGCCCUGACAUUAAACUUCAGUAUGACUUCUGCUUUCA